UGAGCAACGGCGGUAGUGGCAGCUGGCACGAGGGGAGAUGAUUAAAAAUGCGGUGGCCACGCUGAUGGUGCGCCUCCACCACCUGCCGCUACCCCGCGCCGCGCCCGCUCCCACCUACCGCUGCCGCCGCCACAUCACGCUCCCUCUCCCGCGGCCGCAAGCAUCGGCCGCUGCGAUGUCGACGGCGACGGAACAGGCGGUCGCCGACCAGAAGCGCGCCCUGCGCGCCGACGUGCGCAGGGCGCUGAAGGCCCUCUCUCCUGAUCAGCGCGCCAGCGAAGAUCUGGCUAUUCAAACUACAAUAAUGGAUUCCUCUUGGUUCAAAGCAAGCAAAAGGUUGUGUGCUUAUAUAAGCUGUAAGCAGUUGCGAGAAGUCGAUACAUCAAAAAUACUAGAAGAGUGUCUAUCAUCGAAUCCUGGACAAGAGGAACUGGCAAAGGAUCUUUAUGUUCCUCGAGUGGAGGAUAAGAACCGUAAUAUGCGGAUGCUCAAAAUCACCACCAUGGAUGAUUUAGUUAAGAAUUCAAUGAACAUUCUGGAACCGUCACCUGUGGAUGCUACUGGGAAAGAUCGCGAAGAUGUAUUGUCAUCAUCUUCCCCUGUUGAUCUUUUAUUAUUGCCAGGACAAGCUUUUGAUAGAACUGGUCGAAGACUGGGACGUGGUGGAGGGUACUAUGACACAUUCUUGAUGAAAUACCAAGAACUUGCAAAAGAGAAAGGGUGGAAUCAGCCUCUCUUGGUCGCUCUUUCAUACUCGGUGCAAAUUAUGGACGAGGGCGUCAUCCCAGUUAAUUCAACUGAUGUUCCUAUUGAUGCUCUGGUCUCCUCCUCUGGUGUCAUUCCAAUAAGUGCUGCGGCUUUGCAGAGGAUGCGAUGAAGAAGUUGAUUGGUCUCUCUAGCUAUGCUUUGACGACAAACACCUUCUGAUCCCUGGUUGAACUAGCAAAUAUACACCAGCAGAUCAGGGAAUUUGUCCCCUUUGUUUCCCUUGUGGCUUUCUCUUGUAUCAUCUUUUUGAUAUGGUGGACUGGAUGUCUACUCCUUGUUUCAGCUACUUUAGGAUUUAUAGAUUUAUAAUGUAAUGUAAAUCAUCCUGAUGAGCAAAACAGUCAGUGGGCCUGAUAUGCUAUUCUGAGAUUAUAAUGUAUCUUCAGGACUAGCCAGUCGCCACAGAAGGGGAAAACUAAUAAAACUUUAUUCGAUUUUUCCUA